GACGGCUUUAAGGAGGAAGAGGGCGAGUGAAGAGCCGCAGAGAGGAGAGGUGGGAAGCCUUGAGGAGCGCGCAGUGCGCAUGCGCAGUGGGGCAGUUUCCAUAGCGCCGCUCUGACCUGCUGAGCGCGCGGCUGGAAAACCAAUCAUGAGACACUAAACCUGCGACAACUGGAGCCUUUUGGUUUUCUGUUUAUAAUCUCUAUUUCACCCAAGAAAUCAAAUGUGAACGCACGGUGCUGGAGCCCGUCUGCUGUGUUUACUGAAGCCUUGACUUCCUGCUCCUGCUGAGAUGAACUGCUUCAGCCAGAGGUUUAGACGCACGGCGCCCAUGCGCGGCGGCAGCAGGAACGACCUCGUCCCGUCCAAGCCUGCGAGGAUGAACGGAUGGUCGUGGCCCCCUCAGGCUUUCCAGGUGGUCGGCUGGCUGGUGUACAGCUACCUCGCCAUCGUGAGCUUUGGCAUCUACAUCCCUCUCCUGCCCCAGCCGUGGAACCAUGUGGCCUACGCUUUGGUGGGCGUCGCCUUCUUUGUUCACUUUCUCAGCCACGUCACUGCUGUGAGUAUAGAUCCAGCAGACGCCAGCGUGAGAGCCAAGCAGAGCUAUUCCAGUCCCAUGCCUCUUUUUGACCGCACGAAGCAGCCGCACGUCAUCCAGAAUCUUCACUGUUAUCUCUGCGACGUCAGAGUCGGCCCCAAAGUAAAACACUGCGGAGUCUGCAACAAGUGUGUGGAAGACUUUGAUCACCAUUGCAAGUGGCUGAACAACUGCGUGGGAGGAAGAAACUACUGGUUCUUCUUUUUGGCUCUGUCGUCCGCCGCAGUGGGCGUCAUUCUGCUCAUUGUUGUCGUCUUGUUUGUAUUUAUCCAGCAUUACUUGGAUCCACACAGCCUGCGGACAGCGCCACAGUUUGACAGUAGUGUGCUCGGAAAUACAACCUGGUUGGUUUUUUUACCUUUGGCGCCCGUAAAGACGAACUCAGCUGGUCUGCUCACUUUAGCCUUUGUCACAGUUAUGCUGAGCGCCACGUGCCUGGUGCUGCUCGGUCACCUGCUGGGAUUUCACCUCUACCUUUUUUAUAAAGGCAUAAGCACAUUUGAAUAUGUGAAAAUGCAGCGUCAAAAAGAAGCUCGAAAUCGAGAUUCUGAAACAGGGAACCGUCGCGAUUCAAAAUCCCGCAAAAACACUGCGGAGGGAGAACACGGCUCAGUCGACUGUGAACCAACGUUUCCACAGAGUUCAAGUUCCUGCAAAUUUGAUCGUAAAGGCCGCUUCACGAGCAGACUCUCUGAAUCCCUGUGCUCAGAGCUGGAAACGUUUCACAAAUCAUCUGAAAAAGAAAACAGCUUUCACUGCGGCCCAGAAGAUUCCACACAUAGAACAGAAAGAGACGUUUCAAUGACUGACAUCAAAAGCUGGAGGCCAGACAGUAAUGAAGAGGCUCAGGAUACCCGGGUGAAGAGCGCUGACAAUGUUCCUGGGGUGCAGGAUCCGCUCGGCAGCUCGGUUAUGACGCCGGACGAUGCUUGAGCAUUGUGCUGCUUUUUUUAAUGACAUGUUCCAUGAAGUGGAACCAUCAACUGUUUAUAAGGACAGGCGGCGUCUUGGACCUGACAUCUGACACGUCAGAAUGCUGGAUUUAUUCCAGAGAACAUUUUGUAUGUAUCUUGAAUAACAGUGAUCCUGUCACUGGGUUUUGUUCCCUUUUAUUUGCACCAUGUGCUUUUAUGACAGUGGUUGAAUUAUUCAAAGCGUUGUUUCAUCUUGGUGUGGAGAGCCAAAGUCCAACUGCACUGAUAAAUUAGUCUUGUUUGUUUUCGCCGUGGUCAGAUGGACGGAUAUGCAUUUGCACUCUUCCAACGUAUGGAUGCCAUUAUGCAGUUCACACUUCAUUCCAGUCCUGCGCUGACUCUUACAUACGACUGUCUCAUUUUAUCUGAUCACCAAAGACCGAACCAUAUAUGGGAAAACUUAAAAGCAGAGGAGCUGAUACUGGCUUCAAAUGGCCCUUUAAGGCCGCUGCUGCUGUUGUUAAAGACGGGCUUGUUGGUGAUGUUCAGCAAGUGUAUUCAGAAUAGUCAUUUGUCUGCAGGUUACCAAGCCCGUACGGUGCUGGCACAGCUGGGAUUUCUGCACAGGAUAUGACAUAUCAUGGCAUUGAAUAAAGAAAAAGGUUAAAAUAUUGAAUAUAAUUAAAUAUUUUACUAAAAAGUCCAGAGUGGGAGAAAAAUAAGAAUGCACAACAGUGAAUUACGGUAUUUAAUCUGCAUGUAUGGCUGAACCGUCGACGGCUCCCGGUUACAAGCCUGCUUCUCUCACCUUCAGGCCUCUGCUGUCCAUCAUCAUGUUUCAACAUUUUUUUAUAUUAUCAAUGUUUUUUUUUUUCUUUCUCUUUUUUUUUUUUUUUACUGUUGAGACACUUGCUGGUCAGGUAACUUAUAUGUCUUUGAAUGCCGUGGUUGACUGUGUAAAAUAAAAUGAAAAAGGAACAAUACGAGACUUGUAGAGAGCUUCAGGCUGAGCUGGAACAAUCUGAAGUGGUGCUUUCAGUCUAGACCAUACGUUGCACUUUAAAACAAGUAGGGCCUCAUGAAGGUAAGAGGGAACGGGACACCACUACGAAGAGCCAACAAGGUGCAGUAAUUUCUGUCGGUUUGUUUACAGAAGGUCUAGUUGGACCAGUUUGAGUUGAUUCGUUUGCUAUGAAAUGCCUCUUGUCUGGACAAAUGAGAAUAUGCAUGGAAUAAAAUCUA